AUGAACCUCACAGAGGGUGAGCUAAUUGAACAAAUAGAUCAGGUUGACGAAGGCUGGUGGUCUGGUGUCGCGCAUGCUUUUGCGAUUAUUGAUGAGUGGAUGAUGUGGCUCGGUCGCAGCCAAUUAUGUCGAGCUCGUUGA